UUGUAGCUAUAACACAUGAAAAGAAGCACAUGGCAUCCCCAGAUUGCCGUCACACACGCCAUGGGGCUGCAAGGGAAGUGAGGGGCAUUGCACUGUCCCAGUACGGAGCGUGUGGGGGAGGAUGGCACCGCACAGAACUCAGCCAACCUCUGACCCCAUGCCCUGUGCUGGGACACACAGCGCAUACCUCAGCCCUGCCCCCCCUCCUGGCUACACAACAGGAUGCACUAUGUAGUCCCGGCCACUCCAAGGCUUCCCUGUCCCACUGUCCGGCUUCCCCCUAUCUCUCUCGUUCUGUUCUCCCUCCGCCUUCUUCUGACUCGUGUGCCUGCGCAGGAGCUCUAGGAAAAAAAAGUCCCCGAAGGGCUCGGAAGAUCCUUGUGCGAGUCACAGAGGCAAAGAGAGUCGCAAGUGUCAGGACUCUAGUAUGCCAGAAGGACCUCAAUAAAUGGCGGCUUGCAGAAGGCGACUUCCCCACGGGGUACUCUAUUGGGUAACCCUGUUCAGCCUCCCAGGGAUUUUGUGUUUUAGUGAUCUGAUGUUUGUUAAAGAACCUCAAGAUGUAAUCAUUUUACGGAGAGAUUCAGUGGUUUUAGACUGCCUGGCUAAUGGAGAAGCUCCAAUAACAGUCACGUGGAUGAAGAACGGAGUAAAGAUUUCUGAGAAUGAACGGAUAUCCACAUUACACAAUGGAUCCUUGUACAUCCGUGAGGCAGAGGGCAGGAAAGGAGAUCAAUCUGAUGAAGGAUUUUAUCAGUGUUUGGCUUUGAACAAAUUUGGUGCCAUUCUAAGUCAAAGAGCUCAUCUUUCAUUUGCAAGCAUGUCAGGAUUUGAAGAACAACCUGUGUCUGUUCAGGUCCAACAUGGAAGUGUGGCUCGAUUCUCCUGUAAGAUAACAGCUAAUCCUCCAGCAGUCAUUACCUGGGAAGUAAAUCGGACUGCUCUGCCCCUUGCUAUGGACAGGAUAACUGUGCUAUCAAAAGGAGUUCUCCAGAUCUAUGGAGUCACGAAGAGGGAUGCUGGGAAUUACAGAUGUGUAGCCACCAGUGUUUCAAACAGGCGGAAGAGCACAGAAGCUGUGCUAACUGUUGUGCCAGGAGAGAGACUGAAUCCAAGGCACCAUCUUUCCCAAACACAACUCACUCUGAGAGCUAAGGAAAAGAAAUAUUUUCAGAAACCAGUCAUCAUUGCUCCUCCACAGAAUAUAACUACCUCUAUGCACCAGUCGGUCACUCUGGAAUGUGUGGCUACAGGGAACCCAAAGCCUAUUGUAUCAUGGAGCAGGAGGGACCAUAAACCAAUUGAUGUGUUUAACACACGAGUAGUUGGAAAUGGAAACCUCAUAAUAUCAGAUGUUAAGCCGCACCACUCUGGGGUCUACAUUUGUCGUGCCACCACUCCCGGUACACGCAACUUUACUGUUGCAAUGACAACUGUCACAGUUCUAGCACCUCCAUCCUUUACUGAAUGGCCAGCCAGUUUGACAAUGCCACGUGCUAGUACUGCCAGAUUUGUAUGUCAAGCCGAAGGGAAUCCAGUUCCAAAAAUUUCAUGGCUAAAGAAUGGCCAAAAAAUUAAUUCCAAUGGCAGAAUUAAAAUGUACAACAGUAAACUGGUAAUUAGCCAUAUAAUGCCUGAAGAUGAUGCAGUGUAUCAGUGCAUGGCAGAGAAUAGUCAAGGAUCUGUUCUUUCUCGCGCACGGUUGAUAGUCGUUAUGUAUGAGCACAGACCCAGUGCUCCACGUCAGCUUCGGGCUGAGACAAUGUCCAGUUCAGCCAUCAUUCUCUCUUGGGAACGGCCUCUGUAUAACUCAGAAAAAAUCAUUGCUUAUUCUGUGCAUUACAUGAAAGCAGAAGGUUUAAAUAAUGAAGAAUAUCAGGUGGUAAUUGGAAAUGACACAACUCAUUACAUCAUUGAUGACUUGGAUCCUGCCAGCAAUUUUACCUUUUACGUUGUAGCAUAUAUGCCAAUGGGGGCAAGCCAAAUGUCUGAUCAUGUGACACAGAGCACUCUUGAAGAUGUUCCUUUAAGAGCUCCAGAAAUCAGUUUAACAAGCCGCAGUCCAACAGAUGUCCUUAUUUCUUGGCUUCCUAUUUCGGCCAAAUUCCGUCGGGGAAAGAUUAUCCAUUACAGACUGUCUUAUCGAAUGAGCACUGAAAACACCACCCAUAAUGUAGAGCUCCCGGGAAGCACACAUGAGUAUUUCUUGGAAGGCUUGAAUUCUGAUACCCUGUAUCUAGUCCGUAUAGCUGCAGCAACUAAAGUAGGAUGGGGGGAAUCUUCUGCAUGGACAUCUCACAGGACACCUAAGUCUACAAGUAUAAGAGCACCGAGGUCUCCGGAGCUCCGUUUGGACCCCUUGAAUUGCACAACCAUAACAGUCAGAUGGCAGCAAGACCCUGACGAUACUGCUACCAUACAGGGCUACAAACUGUAUUAUAAAGAAGAAGGACAGCAAGAAAGUGGGCCAGUACUUCUGGAUGUGAAAGAUUUUGAUUAUAACAUAGGAGGGUUAGAUCCAAGAAAAAAAUAUCAUGUGAGACUACUGGCCUACAACAACAUGGAUGAAGGCUACCAAGCAGACCAAACAGUCAGCACACCAGUCUGUGUGUCUGCUCCUGAUCACGUAAAUCCUCCACCGCCACCACCUCAUCAUCUCUAUGCUAAAGCAAACAGCUCUUCUUCCAUUUACCUGCACUGGGGUCGACCAGCCUUCUCCUCUGCCAAGGCCAUUAACUACACUGUCCGCUGCAAUCCUGUUGGCCUGCAGAACGCUUCCUUAGUGCUUUACCUACAGACGACAGAAUCUCACAUUUUACUUCAGGAUCUUGAAGCUAACAAAAAAUAUGAAUUUGCUGUGAGGCUUCAUGUGGACCUUUUGUCAAGCCCCUGGAGCCCUGUGGUUUACCAGUCCACCCUCCCUGAUGCUCCACCAAGGCCACCAGUGGGAGUAAAGGUGACCUUAAUAGAAGAAAACACUGCUUUGGUCUCCUGGAAGCCCCCUGAAGAAUUGGAUUCAGCUGUGACCAGUUAUACCAUCCUGUACACGUCUAGAAAGUCCUGGAUUGCUGGCGAGUGGCAAAUUAUGCAUAGAGAAGGAACAAUGACCAUGGCAUUGUUAGAGAAUCUGCUCCCUGGAAACAUUUACCUUGUCAAGAUUUCAGCUGCUAAUGAAGCUGGAGAGGGACCCUUCUCUAAUGUUGUUGAGUUGGUAGUGGAGUCAAAGGAGAAUCUGCGAGUAGUCACAAGGUCAAAGCAGUUAGAUUCUGGACAUCGUGAAGAUUAUUCCAGUUUUUACCACUUGGAUCAGAAAUCUAUGACUGGCAUUGUUGUCGGAGUGUGUAUUGCAUUAACUUGUAUCCUGAUUUGUGUCCUCAUCUUGAUUUACCGAAGCAAAGCUAGGAAAGCAUCAAUUGCUAAGACUGCUCAGCAAGAACCCCACCUUCUACCUCAUGCAACUGCAUCAGCUCCUACUGAUAGGCAGGAGAGAAAAGCAACAGAUCAAGUGGAGGGAAGUACCGGCCCCUUGAUCCCUUCUGUGGAAUCUAACCACUUUAUAGAUGCAAAGGGUGGCUCAAAUCUUGUCAUAAAUGGCUACGGGCCAGUUAAAAAUAACACCAAGAAAUCAUGGCCAUUUUUCAAACACAAUAAGAAUGGCUCUGUUGAACAGCCCAACAAAAGAAUUGUCAAAGCAAUGUGCUUAUAUCAGCCUGGCAAUAGAGUGUUGAUAGGAGAAGAUUUAUCCCCUGCAUCUCCAGGAAAUCCUGGAACAUAUAAAAUGCGGAACAGCAUUGCUGAUACAGAGCAUUCUGGAAACAGUGAUGAAAGUCAUGAAACCAGUGAUUCUGGACGGUUUUCUCAUGAAUCCACUGAUGAAAUUCACCUGUACUCAGUUGUAUGUCCCACCACUCCUACAUCAGAUUCUUUCACCAGCAAUGACUGUAGACAGAACUCUGCUUUAUAUGAAUAAGGAAGACCAUUCAGUGUGCGGGACUGUGGAGGUUUUGUCUGACUCAGCUUCUCUGACACAUUCUCCCCAACCAUUUCAAAAAGUAAAACCUCUAAAGUCUGUUCGAAGGACAAUGAACGGAGCUGUAAAAAAUCUUCAGAAACAUUUCACCGAUAUAUCUUACCUCUUCAGUGUUGUCUAUUCACUUGGAAGGUUAGCUUUCUAGAUAGUGUUGGACUAUCAACUAAAUUGGUUUUACGUAAUUUGUCAUUGCUGCAAAGGGAUAUCAAGCAGUCUCUUUGAUUAAUGUCUACCUCAGUUGGUCAGAUGAUGAACUUCAUUUUGCUGCUUAACCCACAUCUAUGUUUGUUUGUGUCCCCUACACCAACAGGGCCAGAGUUAGGAAAGGUGGGAUAAGGGGCUGUGCAUUUAGGUUUGGCAACCCAGUCUGAGAAAAAAAGAACUCAGGGAAGUUCAACCUUUCUCCCUCCAGCAGCUGUUGAGCUUUAAUAUGUUAGUGGAGAGUAAGAGUUGUAGACCAACAACAGCUGAAGGGACAAUGGUUAGACAUCUCUUAAUAAUUAGCAUCUUUCUCAAGGACAUUUUUAAGGCCGGGUAAAUGCCUGUGCUGCCCCUGCCUAAAAACUGGCUCUUUGCUCCUCAAUACUUCCUAAUUGUAAUCUUUGUUAUUUUGCUAUGUGUAUGAUGAAUGUUUUACUUAAGGGGUUGUAAAGGCACAAUCUUACAUAGCUUAUCUAAAGCUUUGCUUCUUUUAAUCCAUACCAAUAGCUGUUUGUUAACAACUGUUUUAUUUUGUGAUAUGUAUUAAUUUUAGCUAAGAGUUUUAAGUAUUGUCAUUUAAAAGCACUUCCUAUACAUUAGAUUUUUUAAAAAAGGACCAUUCCACCUCCCUUCCCAUCUUGCAUGAUAUAACAUCAAGAAAGCCCUGAAUAUAGGUUAAAAACUUUAUUAGUUGCUCUUCUUUAAAAGAAAUAGCAUCUGUAAUGUUCUGUUCAGCAUUCCAACCUAAAGCAUUCUUGUCUCAGUCUGACAGUGACAACUGGAACUGUGUGACAGAUAAUUUGUUUAAAAACAACACUAACUACCUAGUGACUACUGUGCCUUUCCCACUCGCGGUAACACACAACUGCCUUAUUUCAUGAAAUUCAGGAAGCUACUCAGGUGAAUGACAAGAUGCCUUAAAUUCCUACAUUAUUAUGACAAAUUUCUAGAAUUGCAAAGGACUUUUUAUGUUUUGGUUGCCCCCCCCCCC